AUGGGUAAUUUAUUCGGCAAUGUGGGGCUGGCUAUAUUUGCAGCGGCUUACACGACCGGCUUGGACAAACCGUAAGCACAUGUUUCGCCACAAAGUUUGUACGUGUCGUGCGCAGCUAAGAACUUCGCCGGCCAGGAAAAGUUCAGUUCAAUAUUCCUCUUGAAGGUACAUUUUAUACUACAGAAAGAGUCAUUUAAACCAGAAGAUAUUCGAAUAUUUCAAGAAACUAUCCCACUUUUCUCCGUGAUCACCCAUUUUGGGGUCUUUGAUUAGAUGAAUAAGUUAAUGAUGCGUGACUCCCUUGUCCCUUUCGUAUCCUUUGUGAUGUUAUUUCGUUGAACUUAUUGUAUGCGGAAUAUUCAAUUAAGAAAAUUUCCUUUCGGACUUGAUAGAUGACAACUUUUGGUAUAUAAGCUAAAAGCAUCUAUAUGGAAUAUGCGGUUUUAUAGAGUUGUUUAGAAAACAUAGCCCUUUGCUCUUAUAAGACAACAUUUUAGAACGUAUGAACCGCGGGAAAAUUACUUUUUUUCGAUAUGAAUUGUUUGUUGUGCCAAAGACCUGUGUAUAUCGUUCAACGCCAGAAUUUCACCUCGAACCUCUAAAAGUUAUCAGCAGAAGUAAUUAUGGUAUUUUCAGUCCUAUGGCCAACUCUAACGGUCAUCGUUGGCCGUUUCUUAGGCUCCUUUUUGUCGCUUUUAUAUCAUCGACACAUUCCGCGUCGCUCUACGGGAAACCCCCCAGGGAUAUCGGUAAGUUAUUCUAAAACUAAUUUUCUCGCUUCGCCAGAUUGCUCUGUAAUUUCCUUUAUUUCCAAUUAUUUUGACAUUUUGAGUCAUUUCUUGGGAAUUUAAUUUGUCUUUCUGCAAUCACAAACUCCUUAAUUUUGCGAUUGAUUGCGAUGCCUGAACAUGGGUUUUAGCACUAUAAAGCCGAAAAAAUUCUGCGUCAUUUCUUACAAAAACGGUUGGUCAACUUGACCCAUCCAUUUUCUCUAUAGUCCAUUAAUUAUCCAAGUUAUCCUUGCAUUUUACUGUCCGUAGUACACCAAAAAGAAUCCUAUUCGGAAAACUUUUGAAAUUUCCCCGCCGUUCUGAAGGUCAAUGACUGUCCAUUCCUGUUGAGGAAUUCAAGAAAAAACUGACUUCGCAUGAAUCAAAGGACAAUUCAAUUUAGCAAAUUUGGGUCGGUUUGAAGUGGGCUGUAAACGGGGUUGAGGUCUACCUACAACAAAAACAGAACUUUUUUUAUGAAGGUGUUUUUGUCAGGUUCAAAUUUAGCUAGCAAAAGUUACUCAAAAUACCAUGUGAAUUUUCACGGUGACCUUUUUAUUAAUUUACAAACGGCGUUUACUAUGCUUUUCUUCCUAAACUAUAAAAACACUGUUUUAUGACAUAAUUGGUUUAGUUUCUAUUCCUUUUCCUCAUCUAAUGAUCACAUUGUUACACCGCGGUUUUCUCGGGAUCCGAAAGAGUCUCUUGAUAAGGGAGUUUGUGGAUUUUAACUUCUCGCGCUCCCGAAAACAAUGGAAGUUUGGAGAGUGUGACUUGACAAAAUAAAACAAAUAAAACCCCACCUGAGGGUAACUAGAAUAAUUGAUAGUGGUUAUGAUUGCGUGGGACAAAAAAGACAAUUUUUUGGCAUUUCCUGCAUUUUUGGGAAAUCUUUAAACUUAUCUGAUCGUAAAUAAAGGGGUGUCCGAUUUACCGAGGAAGUAAAUGACUAUAAAAAGUGUUGUAAACAACGGCGCUGAAUUGCAAAUACCUCUCGUCUGACCUCUCAGUUUUCCGAAACCGGCUUCUUACUGAACCGUUCGCUACGUUUUUAUCUGAUUGUAAAUCUUAUCUUUCACAGUUUAUGAACAACUCGGUUUCAACACUAAAAUUCCUACUUAUAUGAUGCUCCUAUGACAGUUAAGAAACAAUUUGAAAACGUACAGUUUUUCUGAAAAGAAACAAAACAAACGCAAUAAACUUAUUCAAAUGUUUUUUAGAAUGUCCAAAGAACAACCUCUAUGCAGCAGUUGGGGAUCGGAGUCAAGCGGAAUCAACAAAUUGGCUAAGGAUAGAUUGGAAGGCAUCAAGUAUCGAAGAAUGCGCACGCUCUUGUUAUGAAUAUCGCUUUUGCUAUUCUAUUCUCUACGAUGAGGGAAACCGAAGACCAUGCACAUUCUUUUUACAUGUAACCGCGCAAUGCGGAGAACGGCAGCUAAAGCCUUUGGCAGAAAUCAGCAGUCAGAAGAGCGGCUUGGUAGAAUGUUUCAGAUGUGUUGGCGAUAGCGAAGUUGGUAUGCUCUUUCUCUAUCCAGCUGAAUACCGUAGUGCAGCCGCAUAAGCAUUUGCAGUAAAUGCUAUAAAAGUAUUUUUGAAACACAGUAGUCCUUAAAUUCUAAAGCUCACUUUUAUCACGUUUUUCAUCAGUUUCGACCAAGAUUUUACGGAGUUUUGAUUAUUAUUUCAAAUUUCGUGGGUGAAUCUCCCUUUAUUUCCCAACUUUUCAGGACAGUCGCCAAAAGGAAUAGAUUACAUCAAAAGUCAUAAUUCCGGCGGAACCCGUAAGAACAAAACACAAGUGACUAACUUAUCUGUUUAUUUUAAGAACUUGAAUUCCACUCUGAUUCUCCAGCAACAACCCACGCACCACGUCCAUCACCGCCAAAUGGCCCAGCCUAUCAAUCCUGCACCGUAACUUAUCAAGUCCAUGAGGAUUCUGCUAGCUUAGGCAUUUCGACAAGUCACGAAGUGUCUGUUGCAAGGUUCGUUCAAUUCGGAAAAUUUUUAUUUGAAAACUUGAACACAAUGAUAAUCAUCGUAUUUUAGUGUCCGCGAAUGUGCUUUUAUCUGUUAUCAAAGUGGCUGCAGCGCAGCAAUCUUCGAACCGAAAGCUCUUGGCGCUGUUUGCCAGAUGGGCUUUAGACAACACGAAAAUUGUGGUGGAGUAAGUCGAUGGGACUUCAAAUACACGGAAGGCCAGACUGUUGGAAUAAGCUGCUUCAGAUGCUGUAAGUACAUUAUAGUACCCCACACAUCUUUAUAGCUCCUCGAGGACCUCCGACAGCGCAUGAAACGAGCCCCACCCCAACUCAACCUCCAAAAACUGAAAUUGCGGAGUCGAUUGACGACAAGCCGGUGGCCGAGACCAAGGAUAGUAAAGUUCAACAAGCAGAAGACAAUGGAAGUAAGUUGCCACAUCAGUAUAAUAUUUGUAACCGAAAAUAAGCCAUUACCAAGAGUUCUGCAUGACGAUAUAUUUUUUAAGAUUGCGUUGUCAGUUAUCAAGCCGACUACAUGUCCGAACGUCCGGAAAAUUUCCACGGAGAGUUCAAUGUGACCGUUAAGGCUGCUUCAGCAGAUCAGUGUGCCUCUGUUUGCUAUCAAAACGGAUGCACGGGAGCAUCGUACACGGUGGGCACAAACGAAUGUAAAAUGGGAAUCGGUGAUAACCACUUUUGCUCGGAAGGAGGUUACAUUACGCAUUACAUUCCCGAAUCGGAAGAUGAAGAAGUUUGGAUUCACUGUUUUACUUGCCGUAAGUAGACUUCUCUACUAUGCAGCAAUUUACUACUAAAGCAAUACCACAAUAAUAGUUCGCAUUCCAGAAUUCAAGCAGAAAAACUUUAUAAAAGAACAAACUGGCCUAAACAAACCAGCACAUUCAAAGUUUCCCACUACCACGACCGCAAAGAUCCCCGAAGCCGAAGAGAAUAACGAUGAAAACCCAGCCACUGCCGAAACCACGGCAAGGACCACAGAAGAACCGAUAGUCGCUGUCACCGCCCGAGCAGCCACGACAUCGGAGACCGAACUGACGACUUCUGAAGGGGCUUCGGCAAUUACUACGACAGUUGAACCAGUCUCCGCAACCGCUGGAAACGUCAAUGAAGGACAGAGUGAAACAACAGCCGCUCCAACUACAGUUGAACCGGUCUCUGUAACCGCUGGAAACGCCAAUGAAGGACAGACUGAAACAACAGCCGCUCCAACAACAGUUGAGGCCACAACAGUUGAAGCCACAACGGUUGAAGCAACGACUACAGUUGAACCAGUCUCUGUAACCGCUGGAAACGCCAAUGAGGGACAGACUGAAACAACAGCCGCUCCAACAACAGUUGAGGCCACGACAGUUGAAGCCACAACGGUUGAAGCAACAACUACAGUUGAGCCAGUCGCUGCAACCGCUGGUAACGCCAAUGAAGGACAGACUGAAACAACAGCCGCUCCAACAACAGUUGAGGCCACAACAGUUGAAGCCACAACGGUUGAAGCCACAACGGUUGAAGCAACAACUACAGUUGAACCAGUCUCUGUAACCGCUGGAAACGCCAAUGAGGGACAGACUGAAACAACGGCCGCUCCAACAACAGUUGAGGCCACGACAGUUGAAGCCACAACGGUUGAAGCAACAACUACAGUUGAGCCAGUCGCUGUAACCGCUGGAAACGCCAAUGAAGGACAGACUGAAACAACAGCCGCUCCAACAACAGUUGAGGCCACAACAGUUGAAGCCACAACGGUUGAAGCAACGACUACAGUUGAACCAGUCUCUGUAACCGCUGGAAACGCCAAUGAGGGACAGACUGAAACAACAGCCGCUCCAACAACAGUUGAGGCCACGACAGUUGAAGCCACAACGGUUGAAGCAACAACUACAGUUGAGCCAGUCGCUGCAACCGCUGGUAACGCCAAUGAAGGACAGACUGAAACAACAGCCGCUCCAACAACAGUUGAGGCCACAACAGUUGAAGCCACAACGGUUGAAGCCACAACGGUUGAAGCAACAACUACAGUUGAACCAGUCUCUGUAACCGCUGGAAACGCCAAUGAGGGACAGACUGAAACAACGGCCGCUCCAACAACAGUUGAGGCCACGACAGUUGAAGCCACAACGGUUGAAGCAACAACUACAGUUGAGCCAGUCGCUGUAACCGCUGGAAACGCCAAUGAAGGACAGACUGAAACAACAGCCGCUCCAACAACAGUUGAGGCCACAACAGUUGAAGCCACAACGGUUGAAGCAACAACUACAGUUGAGCCAGUCGCUGUAACCGCUGGAAACGCCAAUGAAGGGCAGACUGAAACAACAGCCGCUCCAACAACAGUUGAGGCCACAACAGUUGAAGCCACAACGGUUGAAGCAACAACUACAGUUGAGCCAGUCGCUGUAACCGCUGGAAACGCCAAUGAAGGACAUACUGAAACAACAGCCGCUCCAACAACAGUUGAGGCCACAACAGUUGAAGCCACAACGGUUGAAGCCACAACGGUUGAAGCAACAACUACAGUUGAGCCAGUCGCUGUAACCGCUGGAAACGCCAAUGAAGGACAGACUGAAACAACAGCCGCGCCAACUACAGUUGAGGUCACGACAGUUGCAGCCACAACGGUUGAAGCGACAACUACAGUUGAACUAGUCUCUGUAACCGCUGGAAACGCCAAUGAGGGACAGACUAAAACAACAGCCGCUCUUACUACAGUUGAACCUACAACUCCAGAAGCCACCACGGUUGUUGCAGAAGAGGCCCAGAAAGUUACAGUAACCGAAAACAAAGAGCAAAAUGACGACAACGCUUCAACCGCACACGCAGCUAUUGAAGAACCAAAAACAGUUGAAGCCACCACGGUUCAAGCAACAACUACAGUUGAACCGGUCUCUGUAACCGCUGGAAACGCCAAUGAGGGACAGACUGAAACAACAGCCGCUCCAACUACAGUUGAGGCCAAAAUAGUUGAAGCAACGACAACAGUUGAACCGGUCUCUGUAACCGCUGGAAACGCCAAUGAAGGACAGACUGAAACGACAGCCGCUCCAAUUACAGUUGAGGUCACGACAGUUGAAGCCACAACGGUUGAAACAACAACAACAGUUGAACCAGUCUCUGUAACCGCUGGAAACGCCAAUGAAGGACAGACUGAAACAACAGCCGCUCCAACCACAGUUGAACCUACAACUCAACAAGCCAAUACAGUUCCUGCAGAAGAGGCCCAGAAAGUCACACUAACUGAAAACGAAGAGCAAAAUGACGAAAACGCUUCAACCGCACACGCAGCUAUUGAAGAACCAACAACAGUUGAAUCAGUCUCUGUAACCGCUGGAAACGCCAAUGAGGGACAGACUGAAACAACAGCCCCUGCAACACCAGCUGCUGCAACUACAGUCGAAACAACAACGGCUGCACCAAAAACCGUUGAAGAAACAACAAGACUUGAACUAGUCUCUGUAACCGCUGGAAAUGCCAAUGAAGGACACACUGAAACAACAGCCGCUGCAACUACAGUUGAACCUUCAACGCCAGAAGCCACCACGGUUGUUGCAGAAGAGGACCAGAAAGUCACAGUAACUGAAAACAAAGAGCAAAAUGACGACAACGCUUCAACGGCACAUACAGAAGCACCAACAACAACAGUUGAACCAGUCUCUGUAACCGCUGGAACUGCUAAUGAAGGACAGACUGAAACAACAGCCGCUGCAACUACAGUUGAACCUACAACUCAACAAGCGACCACAGUUCCUGCAGAAGAGGCCCAGAAAGUCACACUAACUGAAAACAAAGAGCAAAAUGACGACAACGCUUCAACGGCACAUACAGAAGCACCAACAACAACAGUUGAACCAGUCUCUGUAACCGCUGGAAACGCCAAUGAGGGACAGACUGAAACAACAGCCGCUCCAACCACAGUUGAACCUACAACUCAACAAGCCAAUACAGUUCCUGCAGAAGAGGCCCAGAAAGUCACACUAACUGAAAACAAAGAGCAAAAUGACGAAAACGCUUCAACGGCACAUGCAGCUAUUGAAGAACCAACAACAGUUGAAUCAGUCUCUGUAACCGCUGGAAACGCCAAUGAGGGACAGACUGAAACAACAGCCGCUCCAACUACAGUUGAGGUUACGACAGUUGCAGCCACAACGGUUGAAGCAACAACUACAGUUGAACCAGUCUCUGUAACCGCUGGAAACGCCAAUGAGGGACAGACUGAAACAACAGCCGCUCUUACUACAGUUGAACCUACAACUCCAGAAGCCACCACGGUUGUUGCAGAAGAGGCCCAGAAAGUCACACUAACUGAAAACAAAGAGCAAAAUGACGAAAACGCUUCAACGGCACAUGCAGCUAUUGAAGAACCAACAACAGUUGAAUCAGUCUCUGUAACCGCUGGAAACGCCAAUGAGGGACAGACUGAAACAACUGCCGCUCCAACCACAGUUAAGCCAACAACAGUUGAACCUGCCACUCAACAAGCCACCACAGUUGUUGAAGAACAGGCUCAGAAAGUAACACUGACUGAAAACGAAAAGCAAAAGGACGAAGCCGCUUCAACGGCACAUACAGAAGUCACAACGACAGCUAAGGCAACUACUACGGUGGAACCGGUCUCCGUAACCGCUGGAAAUGCGAAUGAAGGGCAGACUGACAAAACGGCUGAAAUAACCUCAGAACCAACUGCAACUACGGAAGCCAUCGCAACGAAAAAGGAAGAGAUUGUCGCUGAAACGGAACCAGUGCCAACAACCGUUGAGCCCAGUGAGACCACCGUUGAAACAACUACUGCCAAAACAAGUACUACAACAACGCCCGAGCCACCUCCAACCGUCCCUACUGAUGUUUUAAUCAAUGAAAUAACAACCCAGGCUCCCUUUGAGGUCGCAACACAAAGUAGCCAAGACUCAACUCAUGCAGAAAGUAGGGAGACAACUGUCUCGGAGUUCGAAGCAGUAAACAAACAGGACGAAAAGGAAGUUAGUAAUGAACAUUCCACGACUUCUUCAGCUCACACAAUUGCCUCCAAUACCGUAGAAGAAGUAGAAGUGACAACAAGUGAAACCAACGUGGAGACCAGCACUUUGGCCAAAGCUGAACCAGCGCCGGUUCCAGCGGAAGCCGCCGAGGAAAAAGAAGAGACCACAACGGCAGAAGCGGCGCCAGAAAACCCGGCCGAAGCAGAAACGGAGGCUCCAGAAAACUUGAAGACUGCAGUAGUCGUGUUAGAGAUCACAACUCAAAUUCCCGAAGCCGAAACGACCCUUGAAGAAGGAAUUGCGGCUAAAAUUACAAAACAGUCUUCGAAAUCAAGCGAAACCACUGAAUCCCCAGCUUUCAUUACUGCCGCCCCCGGAACUGUCGAUGAAUCGAAGAGCUCGGAAGCAACUACAUCUUUAGACGCAGUAACAGAGUCCGUUAACGCAAUCACAACGCCCGUUUCAAUACACGCUGAGAUAACUACUCUGUCUGCUGAUAAAAUCAGUGGCGAAAUCACGACGCCAGAACAUGACGUUGUUAACGCCAAAGCCACCACCGCAGGCGAUAUCUUGACAACUGGAAACCCGAAAGAGAUUUCUGCUCAAGAGGUAACUCAAUCCGUUAUUCAAGAGUCUGUAGAUGCGGAAGGAACUGUUGCACCAGCCGCAACAUCAGAAGACAGCCUAGUGUUUACAGCAAAAACAGCCCAUCCAGCUUUCAUAGAUCAACAUGAGAGUAGUACUACACUGUCAACUACUGCAAACACAAAGAUUGAAGACUCGGGCGAAGUAGUUUCUUCUACAACAGUUGAAACCACUACAAGUAAUGUAAAUUCGACUACGGUGGAAACCAGCACGGAGCAUGAGAAGCUAGUUAGAACCCGAGAGCUGGAUGAACACAACGCCCAUCAUGAACAGAAACGCUCCGGAGGUUUCUUCUCGUUCCUAAAUAAGCUCUUCUAA